UGGGCAAUGGUGUGAGUCUUCCAGGUCUUGGUCGGAUGGGUCUGACAGGCUAUGUCCUGGCGUCCGCAGUACCGCAGCUCCAAGUUCCGGAAUGUCUACGGGAAGGUGGCCAGCCGGGAACACUGCUUCGAUGGGAUCCCCAUCACCAAGAAUGUGCAAGACAACCACUUCUGCGCUGUCAACGCACGCUUCCUGGCCAUCGUCACCGAGAGUGCGGGCGGUGGUUCCUUCCUGGUCAUCCCCCUGGAGCAGACAGGCAGAAUCGAGCCCAACUACCCCAAGGUCUGCGGCCACCAGGGCAACGUGCUGGACAUCAAAUGGAACCCCUUCAUCGACAACAUCAUUGCCUCAUGCUCAGAGGACACGUCGGUGCGGAUCUGGGAGAUCCCUGAGGGUGGGCUGAAGCGGAAUAUGACGGAGGCGCUGCUGGUGCUGCACGGGCACAGCCGGCGUGUGGGGCUGGUGGAGUGGCACCCCACCACCAACAACAUCCUGUUCAGCGCUGGCUAUGACUACAAGGUCCUCAUCUGGAACCUUGACGUGGGCGAGCCUGUGAAGAUGAUCGACUGCCACACGGAUGUGGUCCUCUGCAUGUCCUUCAACACAGAUGGCAGCCUGCUCUCCACCACCUGCAAGGAUAAGAGACUGCGCGUGAUCGAACCACGCUCCGGCCGUGUCCUGCAGGAGGCAAGCUGCAAGAACCACAGAGUAAACCGGGUGGUCUUCCUGGGCAACAUGAAGCGGCUGCUCACCACGGGGGUCUCCCGCUGGAACACCAGGCAGAUUGCCCUCUGGGACCAGGAGGACCUAUCCAUGCCCAUGAUUGAAGAGGAGAUUGAUGGACUCUCAGGCCUCCUGUUCCCCUUCUACGAUGCAGACACCCAUAUGCUCUACCUGGCCGGAAAGGGCGAUGGGAACAUUCGCUACUAUGAAAUCAGCUCUGAGAAGCCCUACCUGAGUUACCUCAUGGAGUUCCGCUCCCCAGCCCCUCAGAAAGGCCUGGGGGUCAUGCCCAAGCACGGGCUGGACGUGUCGGCCUGCGAGGUGUUCCGCUUCUACAAGCUGGUGACGCUCAAGGGCCUCAUAGAGCCCAUCUCCAUGAUUGUGCCACGGAGGUCAGACUCCUACCAGGAAGAUAUCUACCCCAUGACACCAGGCACGGAGCCGGCCCUGACCCCAGAUGAGUGGCUGGGAGGCGUCAACCGAGAUCCCGUGCUGAUGUCUUUGAAGGAAGGCUACAAGAAGUCCUCAAAGAUGGUGUUCAAGGUGCCCAUCAAAGAAAAGAAGAGCGUUGUGGUGAACGGGAUAGAUUUGUUAGAAAAUGUCCCGCCCCGGACGGAGAACGAGCUCCUGCGGAUGUUCUUCCGGCAGCAAGACGAGAUCCGGCGGCUGAGGGAGGAACUGGCCCAGAAGGACGUUCGCAUCCGGCAGCUCCAGCUGGAGCUGAAAAACUGGCGCAACAGCCCCAAGAACUGCUAGUCCCUGCCGGCCGCCGGGCUGCCCCUCCUGUCUCUACGUCCCUCACUUCCCCUUAUCCGGUGACCCCGAGACAGAGCCAGGACAGGAGCGGGCGAGCCCGUGGAUCCUGCCUGAUGCCUCGACAACUGGAAGCCAACCUCUGACCUUCUGACCUCAUGCUAAUGCAAGUCCCCAGCCUCUCCUGGUGACCCCUCAUGGGUGGACCUGGCCCUGCCACCCCAUGAACCAGGCUCCCCCUCAGUGGGGCAGAGACACCACAGCCGCCCCAGGUGGCCCUCUGGGGACCAGGGAGCAGAAGGGGAAGCAGAGCCAACUUGACAUAGAACUUGAACUUGGCCCCGGCUGAGGGGCUGCCAGGACAGACACCCUCCCGGAGGGCCCAGCCUUCCUGGUGACCCCCACCCGUCGGGGUGGGUGACAGGCCCAGGGCUCCUUCCCCACGGCCACUCCUCCUCCCAGCGGCCCCAAGCCUGAUUCUCCUGGCCCGGCAGCUGGCCACCCGGCCCCUCAUCUUCAGGGAAUUCGGAGGCUGUUCUCAAGGCCCUCCGAGGCCAUACGCCCCUUGCCUUCCCAUGAUUCUCUUCAAAGCUCUUGUACACCUGACCCAUUGCGUGCAAGCCUGACAGGGUAGGGGACGCAUGUUCCCAUUGGACAGAUGACAGAACCCAGGGUUGCAAUGGGAAGCGACUUCCUAGGCCAUCUAGCAGGUCCACCAUGGGCCCAGGACAGGCCCAGCCAUCCAGACCCAAGACUGGGCCUCUCCCGUUGCAUGGAGAUGCCAAUCCCACCACAGGCCUCCCCAGCACCUGCGGCCCCAUGGACAGCAAGGGCCGAACACCCCCGCGACCGUCUGCCCAGCACCAGCCAUGCCCGCGCACACUGCCCGGCUGGGGCCCCCGCACCCUCGGCCUUCACCCCCAGGGGACUCCAUCUGAGAUGAGGCCUCAUCCUCCGGGAAGCCGAGGCUGAGGAGGGUGGAGCUCGGCCCUGGGGGAGGCCCCGUGUGUGUCUCAUCCCCACUUCUCAGCCACUUUCCGCCUUAUGCACGGAGGAUGACCACAGUCGCUUCAUCAGUUCACAGCACUUCAGAGUUUGCAUGGUUCUGUGACCCCCGGGGCCCUCACCGUGCCUCACCGGCUUCAAGAUGCCCAGGUCACAGCUCCGAGAUGCUGCCUUUCACCGGCCGUCGACGUGUGCUCAUUCCUUUCUUCUUUUUUCCUUUAUUUCCCACCACCCACGCUGAGUGUGUAAACGCUGUUCCCAGAAGAGUCCCACUUUGGGGGUGAGAUCCGGGAUCUGGAAAUGGGUGUCCACUCUUUUCUCUCACUAGCUAGGAUCCACUAGUCACAUUCCAUGCCACACCUGCUUGCCUGUGCCACCCACGGAAUGCCUGGUCCACGGAGGCCACGGUCAUAUGGCCCUCCAGGCAGGAGGGACAGGGGAAAGCCUCCCUCCCUCAGGCCCUUCCUCUGAGACCCCUCCAUGUUCCCAGCCAGCCCAAGUGGGGUUGGUACCCCCACCCGCACCCCCACCCGCAGCCAGACCGCACCAGCUCAUCUCCCCCCCAUUCUGGAAGUUGUUUUUUUCUUCCCCAUUGACCACCGUGGUCUCCUGUGGUUAUUUAUGCUGCCUCCCAAGGAUAGAAUUGAAAUAAAACCUUUUCAACUUA